GUUGAAAUGUACUACUUUUGGACGAUAGAAUUAUUUUUGGCUCAGAUAAGCAAGAUGCAACAACGUAUUAACUAGAAGUACACCUUUAACAAUCCGAUAAGAAAUCUUUGCAAUAGAUACAUUUACCUAUGCCUAUGUUAUUGUAAUGUACUCGUCGUAUCUGUUAAUUAGGUAUUGAGUUCGUGGAAGAAGAAGAAAUCUUACCUACUGUAUCAUUUUCUGUCCUCAAGAGAGAUCAUUAUUCUUGAUUUUUAGAACAAGGCAUCAAAUUAUCGUUGAGAAAAUGAAUAUUAUCUGUACGAUCUGCCAGUCUUCGGUGGAUGAGAGUUCCAUCAGCACGACGACGUGCGGUCACAUCUUUCAUUACCACUGCAUUCUACAGUGGACCGAUACAUCGAAAACGUGUCCUGAAUGUCGCCAGGAGUUGAAUGAUAGCAAUACGAGUAUUAUCAAAUUAAAUUUACACGUAGACGAAGCAGCGACAGAUUCCAAUAAGAAGAUAAUAACUGAGCUGAAACGAAAACUUGGUGAUCUGCAGAACACCAUUGCAAGUCUAAAAGUGGAAUGUAGUGAAUUGAAGAAAAUUAAGGCCGAGUUAAAAGCUCGUGGACGAGAGCUUUCGAAUACCGCAUCAGAUUUAAGAGAUGAAUUAGCAAUUAAAAGUGUACAACUGCAACAGCUCGAAGAGGGUGCCAAUGAAGCCGAAAUUGCAACCCAGGAAAAUAAAGAAUUGGAGAAAAAUAAUAUAAAAUUGAAAGCUCGUGUCCAAGAGCUUUCGAAUACCGCAAUAGAAUUACGAGGCAUGGAGGAAGACUGUGCUAAUGCAGUUGAAACUGCAAUUCAGGAAAAUGAAAGUUUGAGGGAACGUAAUGUUGAGUUAGAAACUCGUAUACGAGAGCUUUCGAAUACAGCAAAACAUCUAAGAGAUGAAUUGACAAAUAAAAGUGUACUAUUGCGAGAUAUGGAAGAAAAUUGUGCUAAUGCACUCCAAACUGCAACUGAAGCGAAUGAAAAAUUGAGGGAAUGUAAUGUCAAUUUAAAAGCUCGUGCGAGAGAGCUUUCGAAUACAGCAACUCAUUUGCGAGAAGAACUGACUGUGAAAAGUAUACAAUUACGAGAGAUGGAAGAAGACUGUGCAAAUGCAGCUGCAACUGCAAUUCAGAAAAAUGAAGAAUUGAGGACCAACAACACAGAAUUGGGGAAACAGGUACAAUUUCUCUUAGAGACCGAAAUCAGCCUGAAAAAUGAAUUGGAUAUGAAAAAUCGAAUGCUGGAAGAAAGUGAAGAGAACAGUGCCACAGCGAACAUCAUUAACAACGAUUUAAGGAAUAGGAACAUAGAACUAGAAAAUCAAGUGAAGAGGCAUCUAAAAAUGAUAUCAGAUUUACAGACCCGAUUGCAGAUAACUCGAAUUCGAUCACAGUACGGAGAACAAAACGAUGUGGAGGAGAAUUCGUCCUGGGGAGAUUGGCCUGCAGAGGAAGACGAUCAUCGGUUCAGGGAAGAAUCGAGAACAGAGGUUGAUUCGUCUUGGGGUGAUUGGUCUGCAGAGGAAGAGGAGGGUUUGUUCAGGGGAAGUUUAGAAGAUAAUUCGUACGGGGGAGAUUGGCCUGCAGAGGAAGAGGAGGGUUCGUUCAGGGGAAGUUUAGAGGAAGAUUUGUCCUGGGAAGAUUGGCCUGCAGAGGAAGAGGAUGGUUCGUUCAGGGGAAGUUUAGAAGAUGAUUCGUCCCGUGAAGAUUGGCCUGUAGAGGAAGAGGAGCGUUCGUUCAGGGAGGAUUUAGAGGAUGAUUCGUCCUGGGAAGAUUGGCCUGCGGAGGAAGAGGAGGGUUCGUUCAGAGGAAGUUUAGAGAAUGAUUCGUGCUGUGGAGAUUGGCCUGCAGAGGAAGAGGAGAGUUCGUUCAGGGGAGGGUGGAGUGAGGAAGAGGAGGAAUAGUGUUAUGAGAAUCUUAGUAAUUAAUAAUUAGGAUGAGAUAUUAACUGUUUGUUAGAUAUUUUUUCAUGAGCCUCGCAUUCUAAAAAUGUUCCUUUUAUUUCUCGUCGUCGUCUAAAAAUAUAGAGAAUACUCGAGCAAAAUAUUAAUUUUGUUAAAUCUACUCGCUAACUCGAAUUUUCUUUUGUUUUUUCGUUAUCAUUUUCGGUACAAAGUGCUUAUCAUUCUGAAUGAAUGGCCACUGUUUCUAAUAUAUGUAGGUACUUACUUAGUAAUAAUAGGUACGGUAAUACUUAAUUUAAUUAAUUUUGAAUUGAUACCCUAGGAUAGCUUUUACAUAUUUAAAUAUAUAUUAUGAAUUUCAAAAAAAGAA